GGCGCAGGGAGUUGUGGGUCAGGCAAGAUGGCGGUUGUUGCUCGGUUGUCUUCUCGCGGCCUUUUGCUGCCAAGGACAGGCUCUGGCAUUUCUGCGUUAUCCACAGUGCCGUCUGUGUUGCAGCAGCACCACCAAGUUCAUCAUGCGGUGAUCCCUCAUGGGAGAACCGGACGAUCCUCUGUUAGUGGCAUUGUGGCCACUGUCUUUGGAGCUACAGGUUUCCUGGGGCGUUACGUUGUCAAUCGUUUAGGUCGCAUUGGAUCUCAAGUAAUCAUACCUUAUCGCUGUGAUCAGUAUGACCUCAUGUAUCUGCGACCAAUGGGUGACCUGGGGCAACUUCUCUUCUUAGAGUGGGACUGUAAGGACAAAGAUUCUACCCGAAGAGCUGUGGAGCACAGCAAUGUGGUCAUUAAUCUUGUUGGAAAGGAAUGGGAAACAAAAAACUUCAGUUUUGAAGAUGAAUUUGUAAAUAUUCCUAAAAGUAUUGCCCAGAUAACUAGAGAGGCUGGUGUGGAAACACUCAUUCAUAUCUCUCACCUGAAUGCUAGCAUGAAGAGUCCUUCCAAAUACCUGAGGAGUAAAGCUGUUGGAGAGAAAGCAGUAAGGGAAGAAUUUCCAGAUGCUGUAAUUAUGAAGCCUUCUGAGAUGUUCGGGAGAGAGGACCGAUUUCUCAAUCAUUAUGCGAACAUGCGCUGGUUUGGUGGUGUGCCUCUUAUUUCUUUGGGCAAAAAAACAGUGAAGCAACCAGUAUACGUGGUUGAUGUAGCAAAGGCAAUUAUUAAUGCAGUUAAGGAUCCUGAUGCUAAAGGAAAAACAUAUGCCUUGGUUGGACCUAAUAGGUACCUGCUGUAUGACAUGAUAGAAUACAUCUAUGCAGUUGCUUUUCGAAAAUUUUUUCCAUAUCCACUUCCACGUCCUCUCUAUCAUUUAAUUGCAAGAUUCUUUGAGAUCAGUCCAUUUGAACCAUGGUUAACUCGAGACAAAGUAGACCGAUUUCACGCGACAGACAUGAUAUUGCCUGAUCUCCCCGGUUUGGAGGAUUUGGGUAUUCAACCAACACCUCUAGAACAAAGAGCAAUUGAAGUUCUUCGCCGUCACCGCAGAUACCGCUGGUUGGAUGCUGAGCUGGAGGAAGCAAAACCAGCGAAGACAUAUCCCAUGUAACAGUUGCAUAAAUGUUUACUUAACACUUCUUAAUCUGUCUCUAUAUGACCUAGCUUUUUGGAGAACUGUGUACAUACUAAGUAAAAUAUUGUAAUCGUGCAAACUGUCUUUUAUCAGUGGUGUUGUCUUUUUAAUUAUGGGAAGCUGUAGCUGAUCACAGUUCUUGACUUUAAUAGAAAAUGAAAGCAAACUUACAUAUUAUUUGCUUAGUUGGUGAGCGUUAAAGUAUUUUGAUGACUGGGAGUGGGAGAGUAGGCUAAUCACAUUAGCUAGAAGAAGCUGAGGUUUGUAUGGAAACUAGUUUUAAAAACCAGAUUGAGAACAGGGAUGAAAUGAGUGACAAAUAAACCUUGUAUUUUCACCUCAAA